AUGGUAUUUGACCCUUUAGGGCCCCUUCUGGAAGAGGGAAGUGUAGCAAUAAUAAAAUCAAACAAAGACACAAGAUAUGGGUUGGAUUCCAUCGUGACACAUGAUGGAGAGAAGUUGCCAUGUUGGCCGUUGGCAGAUUUAUCAUCAUUUAGACAAAAAUUUGGUCCUGAUGCUUAUGAUAAGCUAGAUGUGAUCGGUAUUGACGAAGCGCAAUUUUUUGAAGACCUUUAUGAUUUCUGCAGCCGAGCAGCUGAUCAUGAUGGCAAAACUGUAAUAGUUGCUGGUUUGGAUGGUGACUAUUUGAGAAGGAGCUUUGGUUCUGUGCUUGAUAUAAUUCCAAUUGCCGACUCUAUAACCAAGUUAAAUGCUCUAUGUGAGCUCUGUGGAAAGCGUGCUUUUUUCACAUUAAGGAAGACGGAGGAGACAGAAACUGAACUGAUUGCUGGGGCUGAUGUAUACAUGCCUGUGUGUCGAAAGCACUACAUAAGUGGGCAAGUGGUCAAAGAGGCUGCAAAGACAGUUCUGGAAUCUCAGAAGGCUCAAUGCAGCUCAUUUUUGUAGCUCUGCCCCCCUUGUUAGUAGGAUAUCUGGCUGUUUAUCUAUGAGCUCGAUAUAUUUCAUUUUCCUAUUUAUAGUGUGCACAAAAAGUUCAAAUACUUAUGAACAUGUUGAGAGUGUAGAAAUGACUAAGUUUAUCUUUUCUUCCCAGCUCUGCGAAUUUUCUUAGUAGUUCAGCCAGAUAGUCAU